AUGGAUGAAGAAGACGAACAUUCUCCAAGCGAGUUUUAUUAUCCUGAAGAUCUAGAAACUUUUGAUGUAGAAACUGAAACAGGCAUCACCGAAAGCCAGGAGGCCAUAGACGAUUUUAUCAACCAACAGAAAAGUGCAAACACAAACAAGAAGACGGCUACUGAUAUGGACACUCUUCUCCGCUACAUGGAAGCUAAUGGUAUGAAAAAUGAGAAAAUUGAAAGCUUACCUGCGUCCGAGCUUGACUUCCUUUUGUGGAAUUUUUUUUUGAACGCACGCAAGAAAAAUGGAGAAGAGUACGAGCCAGCAACAGUUUCCAGUUUUCAGCGUAGUAUACAGCGAUACUUAAGUGAGAAGAAAUAUCCAUUUAACAUACUCAAGGACAAUGAGUUCGAAAAAUCCAGAAAAGUCCUUGCAGCGAAGCGAAAGUCACUUGUUCACAAGCACGGCAAUGAAAACAAACCGCAAGCUGCUCGACGAAGACGAAGAGGAUACCCUUUUUGAAGCAGGACAAUUCGGCGACUCCAAUCCAGUUGCGCUUCAAAGAACUAUGUGGUGGUUUUUAUCCCUACACUCGGUUUCCGAGCAAGAGACGAAAGUCGUAAGUUGCGCUGGGGUGACGUUCAGCUUCAACAGCAGAAUGAUGGCCAAGAAGUCUUGGUUUGGUUGGCCGAGCGAGGCACAAAGACCCGACGUGGUCAGGAGAGAGGACACCAAAGAGCGGUUCAACCAAAGAUUUAUGCCACCAACACAGCGAGAUGUCCUGUCAGUUUUUACAAAAAAUUCCGCAGUCACCGGCCAGUGGAAAUGAACUGA